UCUGACAGUUUCUCUCUCUUUCUCUUUCCUUAUUUAACACUGACAUUCUCUCUCUAUUUAUACUGGGCUCUUCUAUUAUCAUGCCACGCUUCUCCUCUUUCCUUUUUCUUUCUCUUUCAUUUCUCCCUCUCUUGCAAAGCUACUUCUAUACUAUUAUACCAUCUUUGUUUCUUUACUCUUUCGUCUUCUAUUCUGGACUUGAAGAGGAGCAAACAUGCCGCUUCAGCUUGACGCCGGAUUCUCGAUUCGUGAAUACACGGCGAAGGUAAGAGCGGUGGAUGUGAGAAAGUGCUGGCCUUUUAGAGAUACUGGUGAUGGAGACCUAGAUGAAAAUAAAAUCAACCAACAACGCGUUGAAGCUCUUCUCCCUCCAAUCACAGUCACCAAAUUUCGCUGGUGGUCCCAUGAGCUCAACAGGAUUCAGCAUCAGCAAGAACAAGGAAUCCUUGGAAUUCCAAGUAAUGAGGCCUCCAAGGAGAAGGAGAAAUUGGAGUUUGUGUGUCCGGUUUGUGGGAAUUUCGCGGCGCCAACUAUGAAAGCAGUCAAUGCUCAUGUUGAUAACUGUCUUGCUCAUGCUCAUAGAUAUAAAAAGAGGAAAAUGAGGAUGCCAAUGAAGGCCAAAUCCAAAUCUCCUAAAAAAAGAUCCAUUGUUGAGAUAUUUGCUGUCUCGCCACAGAUUGAGAAGGUUGAUGAUGACGAUGAUGAUGAUAUGGAAGAUGAUCUCGAUCUUCCUUAUGCUAAAGAUGUUGAUUUGGAUGUUGUGAAGACAAAGCACGAUGAGCAGAAAAAGAAGAGUAUUAACGUCCAGAAGAAGAAGAUAAAGAAAGUAAGGAUUUCGAACAAGUUGACAGUAGACCAGAAGAAGAACAGAUUGAAGAAGAAAAAGAAAAUGAAAAUGAAGAACAAGCCGAUUGCAAACAAGGAGAGUGCUCAAUUAUCAAUUCCAGUCGAUUAUUCAAGAAAAGUGUAUAAUUCCUUUUGCAGUAAAGGGGUUGAAAAGGACAUUUUGGAUCACAUUUCGAUCCCUAGAAAUAAACUGGGACUGAAAGCUUCUAUGCAAAAGAAACAUGGAAUCCGGGCAUCAACUUUUAUUGCAAAGCACCGGAAAGCAGUCAUUCCUGUUCGUGGUAUUCUCAAAAAAAACACAAAACUUAUUCCUCAGCAGAAUUCUGAGAUUUGCAACUUGCCGAGUGGUAGUCAAAUAAAUUCUUGUGAACUUCAACACUCAGAAAGGCAUGUCAGGUUCUCAGGUAAAGAUGACAUACUUAGUCCAAAGAAGAACUUGAGCUCCAAUGUUCAAAACGUGAGCAACACAUACCCAGAUUUUGCUUCUCAGUUGCAGCAGGACCACUCCACAGAAAAUGAUAAACAAUCAGCUUCAGUGAGGGUGAAUGGAAUUGGGGAUGUUUCUGUUAGCACAGGAAAUGGAGCUGUGUUCCAUACCACGAUUAACAAGAAGCAGCUGCCAGGUAUUCAUGAUUCUGUUACUAUGCCAGAUUUCCUGAGCCCAUAUCAAGGAAAAGAACAACAUAUCUCAGAUAGGUCUCCCUCAAGCCAAGCUAUAAUUCAUGAUAACAAUUUGCAUAUGUUUUCUCAAGGAUAUCAAAAUGUACCACCACAUAAUCCCACAUAUGCUGGCAUUUUGAGACUCCUUCCUACAGUAGAUGAAGUGCAAGAUUACCAUGUCAAUUCUCAGUUAUGUGGCAAUGUAUCUACAGCUUCCAAUUUGAGAGGAAAGUCGGUUGAUUACUUCAAAGAUCGCACACAUGGAUAUGCAGCUGGGGAUCUGUUGGGAGGUACAAGGGCAUUUUCUCAGCCUUCAUCAUCUGAUUUUGCUUCAAUUGACUGUCCAAACAUGAGCGUUUCAUUUAUGCCACAAUCUUCCAUCAAAAGUAUAAAUGCACAAACUUCUCAAUACCGACCAUAUUUUCAUCUUUCUCCAACAGAAUGUAUGGGUUCAGACUACAAGGAAAGAGUAGGUGCCUUGAGUGAAAGGUGCAUAGAUGAGGAAUUUUAUGGCCUACCUCUCAACUCACAUGGUGAACUAAUGCAGAUGAGUUCAAGUGGCAAGGUUGGUUUUGAAUGGCUAAAGAAGUCAACUUUGAUAAGUUCAACUAGAUCAUAUCCACACAAUUCUGUCCCACCCAGAAGUUUGGGGGAUUCUGUAAUUGAAAAGCGUCCCACUGAGCAGGCAGUUGCGAGAGUCCCGUUAAAUUUGCUACAUACACAGAAGAUUCACGAUGUGCAAAUACCAGCUCGGUUUGGUGUUAAUGAGUUGCCAAAUACUGGAAGGCCAGAUGUCCAUUUUUCAAAUUCAUGGACACAAUAUGGUCAGGACCACAAGGGAACUCAGACAAUUCAUCUGAAGGAAAAUUCAGAUAACAUAGCGCUGAAAACUGUGAGACCAACAAUGAGGUUGAUGGGAAAAAAUGUUGCAAUUGGGAGAAGUGACACGGAGAUGCAAGGGUUUGAGGAUGGAAAGAUUUGGAUGGAUAAGGACAUUAUACAAGAGUGUCAUCCUACAAAUAUUCUGGGUAAUUCCUUGCACAAGAGACAUAUUCAGCAGGACAGGGUUUUAUGUCCAUCAUUUGGAAAAUCAGAAGAAACGUUACAUUAUCCCGUAGAAACUGAAAACAAUCAGGCCUCGCAGAGAAGUUUCUGGGUGAAAGUUCCAGAAUCUAGAUCACACCCAUAUGUCAACUGGAAAAGCAAUGCUGCAUUCAGAAAUGGUGAUCUUUCUGUCAACAGGAUUGCUGCUAGUUCUCAGAUGCACCCUUCUCCUUGUCCGUAUUCUCCUCUUGAUAUGCUAUACAAGGAAGCCAACUUGCAGGAGUCCAUUAUAUCUGGUGCUGAAACUGUAAGCAUCAGCUCUCACUUACCAGUACUGUCUUCUUCUCUGGAAACACGUCCGUGUAUGAGUUGGAUACCUACUAAAAUAAAUUGCCAGCAGAAUCUACCACAUGCAAGGAAAUCAGUCUUUGGCUUUCCCUUCUUACACCCAGAUUGCAAUGAACAUGUCCAGUCAUCUUCUUUUGCGAGCUCCUCGAGGAACCCGCCUCCAGGACCUUUACAUGCACCAAUACAAGUGAAACCAGCAACUAUGCUUUCUCAGGCUACCACUGAUGUGGGUGAUAAACAUUACCAUUGUACUACAGCUGGAACUAAUUUUUUUACUGCUCCUCACCAUCCAUCAGUGGUUUCUCAUCCUCACAGUUCUAUGGUCUCAAACCCACACAUGAAGAGUUCACCUGGGUCGGCAGUGUUUGUUCAACCUCCAUUCUUUCCAUUCCCGAUGCAAAUUCUUCCAUGAACAGGGAGGAGACAUGAAUGAAGUUAAAUACUUAUGGUGUUAAGCUUUCUGAUCACUACCAGAAAAGCAGAAGGAGACUCUUUGGCUUCUAUAGCAUAUGAUCCAUGAAGAUUCAAGUGCAGUCGCAGAGCUAACGAGAGAGGAAUCUAGCAGUGAAAUGUGCUUUAAACUUACUGCAGGAGCAAAGCACAUCAUGAAACCCAGUGGUAAUAAGGAUCAAGAUAAUUCCAGGCUCAUCCAUCCUACCAUCCCUUUUGCUGCUGUGACUGACUGGGAAAGUUUUUUAGAUUCUCAGAAGAAAUUAACAAUGAUUUUGCAGGUUUUAGUGGUAGAUCCUGUCAAAUACAUGUGGUCUGUGUUCCUUGUGUUGGUGUGCUAUUUUGCUUCUUGUUCAUGCUUUUGUGUAUUUGAAUGCCAGAUGCGAUGCACUUUAAGAUGAUUGCUUCCAGCCCAUGACUUGAUGUAACAUAAACUAGACGUAUCGUACUAUUUUCAGGCCAAUGUUGCUUCUUUUUCCUCUUGAAACUUGGUUCCUACUCGUGGAUUUAUGUAAUAGCAUUUUCUAACUAGUGCAACUUCUGAAUGGUAGUGCUUUUUUAUAUUAGCUUCCC